CAAGAAAGCAUGUAAUUGACAAAGUCACGUGUCUAGUACUGGCAGAGGCACAGCCAGUAAGCGAGUGAGAGAGCAAGCGCACGAAGUGGAUUGAACGAGGAAAGGGUUGAAGGAGAGAGAAAUGACAAAAUAUCAAAAGAGGGAAAGCACGCUGUACCAUGCGAGCUAAAUUUGUGACCGCUGGAAUUGAGGAUGUCGGAUUAAUGGUGACUAUCAUAACCCGUUUUCGCAGAGGAAGCUUUUCGAUUGGAACUUUCGAACAGAGGGUCCGCGGGGAAACAUGGCCGAAGGAGGGGCGGGUAAAGGUGGCGGAGAAGACGAAGCCAAGUCGACGGAGCAGGAAGAGCGAAUUCGGCCCCAGCUUCUGUCAGGAACAGGCCACUGCAAGUGGUUUAAUGUUCGAAUGGGGUUCGGAUUUAUAUCAAUGACCAGCAGCGAGGGGAGCCCCGUAGACCCCCCUCUGGACGUAUUUGUUCACCAAAGUAAACUGGUGAUGGAGGGCUUCCGCAGCCUGAAGGAGGGCGAGCAGGUGGAGUUCACCUUUAAGAAGUCCUCCAAGGGCCUGGAGUCCCUAUGGGUGACGGGGCCGGGCGGGGGACCGUGUGCGGGCAGUGAAAGGAGACCCAAAGGGAAGGUCCCACCCCAGAAGAACCGCAAACCAAAGGGAGACCGUCCUCUGUCCAGCUGUUAUAACUGUGGAGGUCUGGACCACCAUGCCAAGGAGUGUGGCCUGCCCCCCCAGCCAAAGAAAUGCCACUACUGCCAGAGCAUCAGGCACAUGGUGGCCCAGUGUCCCCACAAGGUGCUGGCGCCCCCCACAGGCUUUCAGGAUCCCCUGUACCCCUCUACCUCGGCCCACCUGUACCCCGCAGACGAGGAGCAGCGGUCGGGAUCGUCCCCCCUUGAGGGCCCCUCGCCCUCCCCAGAGGAGCUACCCCAGUCGCAUCGCGUUGGCCCCCAGAGGGGGAGGAAAUAGGGGAAGAGCUGUACCUGACUCCCCUCACCUAAGGAACCCCUCUUAACUCCCACCCAUAUAUCUACCUCGCACUUGUGGAAAUAAUAGGUCUAUUUUCGGCGGGACCAGCGCAGCUAUGGCAACGAUCAUCAGGGGUACGGAUGUAUGUGAAUGUGUGUGACUGACUGGCUGUCUUCCAGUGGCAGCUAUGACAACCAUUGCUGGCGAUAUGGAUUCAUGUGAAUGACUUGUCUCUUUGUGUGUGACUGGUCUCUAUCAGUGCAGCUCAAGAGAUGAUAUGGUCUUAAAGAGAACCAAGGUUGGUGGUGAAUCUGAUGACUCUCUGGGUUAGAUGACUCUCUGGGUUAGAUGACUCUCUGGGUUAGAUGACUCUCUGAUGACUCUCUGGGUUAGAUGACUGUGUUAGAUGACUCUGGGUUUGACUCUGGGUUAGCUGACUCUCUGGGUUAGAUGAUUCUCUGACUCUGGGUCAGAUGACUCUCUGGGUUAGCUGAUUCUCUGACUCUCUGGGUCAGAUGACUCUCUGGGUUAGCUGAUUCUCUGACUCUCUGGGUUAGAUGACUCUCUGGGUUAGCUGAUUCUCUGACUCUCUGGGUUAGAUGACUCUCUGGGUUAGAUGAUUCUCUGACUCUCUGGGUUAGAUGAUUCUCUGACUCUCUGGGUUAGAUGACUCUCUGGGUUAGAUGACUCUCUGGGUUAGAUGACUCUCUGGGUUAGAUGACUCUCUGGGUUAGAUGACUCUGGGUUAGAUGAUUCUCUGACUCUCUGGGUUAGAUGACUCUGGGUUAGAUGACUCUCUGGGUUAGAUGACUCUGGGUUAGAUGACUCUCUGGGUUAGAUGACUCUGGGUUAGAUGACUCUCUGACUCUCUGGGUUAGAUGUGACUCUCUGGGUUAGAUGAUUCUCUGACUCUCUGGGUUAGAUGAUUCUCUGACUCUCUGGGUUAGAUGAUGUCAUCCAUAACUCUUUCUGCGGCAAUUUCUGAAUAGGACUCGCUUCUCUUAGAUUUUGGUCCACCUGGUUCAUAUUUAUAUUAUAUGACCGUUCCAAAGGUCAUGAUGUGGCGAUCCAGCAGAGUUAAUUUUAAGCAUUAAGGAUUUUAAAUAAGGCCUUGAUGUAGGCCAGUGCUUCUUAAUCCUGUUUAUUUUAGUUUUAUCCUUAGCAUCUACACACUAGAUUCAACUAAUCAACUCACCACCAAGUGUUUGAUUAUAGUUCUACCUGGCACCAAGAAGGGUUCUACCUGGCACCAAGAAGGGUUCUACCUGGCACCAAGAAGGGUUCUACCUGGCACCAAGAAGGGUUCUCCUAUGGGGACAGCCGCAGAACCGUUUUUUUUCCUAAGAGUGCGGGAUCAGGAUUGGGAAACACUGAUAGGCCCUGUAUCAAAACAAUGGAACCUCAACCAAUCAGAAGCAAAAUGAUUCUUUAAUGUGGCCUAUCCAAUCAGUGUAGAGGAGAUUACCAUGGAUACCAGAGUGAACGUCAUCCCAACCAGUAGCCUAACUGUCGCUCCUAAUCCACAGAAGAUGAGACUUUCUAGUUCAGUGGUACUGACAAUUGACUGCAGAGUACAUAGCAUUGAAUCCAGGCAUGUGUGCAUACUUGCUUGUGUGUGAAUGGGGUUGUGUGUGAGAGUGUCGGUGGGGGUGUGAGUGGGGUUGUGUGUGUGUGUGUGAGUGGGGU